CAUUUUUUGCCCUUUCCAUUUUCGAUGGAGAAAAUGUAAGUCGUCCUUCUUCUCAAACUCCCUCUUUGGCUGCGCCAUUUUCUCCGAACUCCCGAGUCUUUGGACUUUCCCGCACUAUUUUUUAUUUAACAGUCUCAAGUCUUAACAAGUCGUCAACGAUUCCACUUUUCAAAGUUCUGAUUAUAUUUUUUUUCCCUUCUAACCCUUCUGAGAAUCCUAAGUUUCUACUUGUCAUUUUUGUUGGAUUUCACUGAUCUUUGAUCUCAAUCUUUACACUGCCAAUUAAUCAAGAAUGGUAUGCUUUAGUGGAUUUUCCUGGUGGGUUUUCGAUUUUGGAUGCUGCUAGCUAAUUCUUUGAUAUUCAGCCGCAGAAAGUGCUGAUUUUUGGAUGUUUUUGAUGCUUCAGUUUUCCCGUUGAAGACCAUUUUGGAGGUUAUUGAUGCUGACCCUUUUAGUAUUUUGAUCUCAUUUUUACUGGGUUGUUGCCACUUUUGAUCUUUAGUUCUGGAAAUUCAUCAAGUUUGAACCUUUAUUGCUAGUGAUAAGAUGCUGUUGUUUACGUUUACUAGGAAAAGAUUGGUACUCUGUCUGCUAAGUAUGGUGAAGGGAUCUUGAUAGUCAAUUGUGUUUGAUUGAAAGAAUGGCCGCUCAUGGGAAAUUAAGAAUCAAGGAAGCGGCUUUUCGCCGUUUCUUGUCUGUAGCUGUGAUCACGUUGUUCGGAGCCUUUUUGAUAAUAUUUCUUCAUAGGUACAGCCCUGUUUCUGAUUCUGUAAUCAGGGAUGCAUAUGAAAGUGCUGAGAGUUUGCAAGUGACUUUUAAUUAUAGUCCGAGAACAGAAAAUGUGAAUCUUCCUAAGCAGAAUGAAUUGUCAAUUCGACUUCAGAAGCGAAAUGAGUUACCUCCUAGGAACUUGAAUUUAUAUCCUAAGCUAGCUAAGGAUAAUAUAGUGAUAGUUUUGUAUGUUCAUAACCGGCCCCAAUAUCUCAAAGUGGUUGUUGAUAGCCUCUCAAGAGUAGAGGGGAUCAGUGAGACUUUACUCAUUGUUAGUCAUGAUGGAUAUUUUGAAGAGAUAAAUAGGAUUAUCGAAGGGAUCAAGUUUUGUCAAGUGAAACAGAUUUUUGCCCCUUAUUCUCCUCACAUCUUUGAGAAUAGCUUCCCUGGUGUCUCCCCAAAUGAUUGUAAGGACAAAGAUGAUCCUGUUAAGAAGAAAUGUGAAGGAACGCCUGAUCAGUAUGGAAACCACCGGUCCCCGAAGAUUGUGUCAUUGAAGCAUCACUGGUGGUGGAUGAUGAACACUGUGUGGGAUGGGUUAAAGGAGACUCGUCAGCAUCUAGGCCAUAUUCUUUUCAUAGAGGAAGACCAUUUCAUUUAUCCUAAUGCCUAUCGUAAUCUUCAGCUACUAACAGAGUUGAAGCCUAUGAAAUGUCCUGAUUGUUAUGCUGCGAAUCUCGCGCCAUGUGAUGUGAAAGCAAAGGGAGAGGGUUGGGAAAGUCUGAUUGCAGAGAGGAUGGGCAACAUUGGUUAUGCAUUCAAUCGGACUGUAUGGAAAAAAAUACAUAGGAAGGCAAAAGAGUUUUGUGCCUUUGAUGAUUAUAAUUGGGAUAUAACAAUGUGGGCAACAGUUUACCCUUCAUUUGGGGCUCCUGUUUACUCUUUACGAGGACCUCGGACUAGUGCUAUUCACUUUGGAAAAUGUGGUUUACAUCAAGGUCAGGGUGAGAAACAGGCUUGCGUUGAUCAUGGCUUUUUGAAUAUUCAAGUGGAAAACAUCGACAAAGUUCCCAACAUUAAAACAGACUGGGGAGUACAUAUAUAUUGGAAACAAGCAGGGUAUCAAGCUGGCUUUCGGGGCUGGGGAGGCUGGGGUGAUACAAGGGACCGGCAAUUGUGUUUGGAUUUUGCUAAUAUGUAUGAUUUGAGUAGCACUUGACCAUCUUUUGGAGCAUCUUGAUCAUUAUACAUACUCCCAAAAAGAAAACAGGACAGCAUCACCAACCAGAAGGCAGAGAACUGAAGAUAAGAUGAAAGCCCCUUAGAAUUCAUGUCAAAGGGACAUGUUGUUCAGUGUAUAGUCAUCAUAUUAGCUAUUAGUGCUAAUAAAUUCCAGUGCCAAAUUCAAAUUUAGCACCUAUUAUUGUUCAGUUAUAAUACUUAAUUAGCUUUGCGUAUUACGAUUCAUGCUGAUAUGAGAUAUCCAUCAUGUAGUAUGUAAUGUAUCAACAGUAUACUCAUUGCGGUAUUGCAUUCCUGCGGUUGUUUGGCGUACUAAAGUUUCAAGGAAUUAUUUCUUUUUCCCUUUUCA